AUGGCAUGGGGUGGGAUUUGGGAAUAGCCGAAUAGGGGACUUUUUGUGAGGAUCCUUUUCUAUGUCCAUGGUUGUCUCGGAGUCUGGUACAUAUACAGCUCCACCUGUUAAAUUCUAACAAGAAGAAAGAAACAAAAACAUCCAAACGCCUCCACAUUCCCUCCCUUUUAUUCCCUCUUUCUCUCAGUGGAAGUCUUGAAACCCUGUAGAUUCUUCCCUUCCCCUCACCGCUUUAAACGGUCUUCUGUGUGUGGCAACACAGACCCAUGAGGGGAUUGUUGAUUAAUCUGUAAACAGAAGAUGUAUCACUGAUGCUCAGAGGUUUUUUUCAUUUUCAGACAGCUAGUUUUCCAAUUAUAAGGAAUGGUGGUUACUGGUGGUAAUCAUACAGAAGAUGGGGAGAAGAACCCACCGAGCAUUUCUAGAGUUGGGACUACAAGGUCUUGGGGAACCACCUUCUCCGGGCAAUCCGUCUCGACGAGUGGAAGUGCUGGGUCUCCGUCAAGCAGGAGUGAGCAGGCUAUGGCGACCCCCAUCAGUGAGAACACUUUUGUUAGAUUGAAUCAUCUAGACAUUCAUGGAGAUGACGCUGGAUCUCAAGGCGGCGUUGUUGGCAAGAAGAAAAAGAGAGGCCAAAGAGCGGUUGGUCCAGAUAAGAGUGGUAGGGGACUCCGCCAGUUCAGCAUGAAAGUGUGUGAGAAAGUCGAAAGCAAGGGGAGAACCACUUACAAUGAGGUGGCUGAUGAACUUGUAGCUGAAUUUGCCGACCCUAGCAAUAGUCUUGCAUCACCAGACCAGCAACAAUAUGAUGAGAAAAAUAUACGGCGAAGGGUAUAUGAUGCCCUCAAUGUUCUCAUGGCUAUGGAAAUUAUCUCUAAGGACAAAAAGGAAAUACAGUGGAAAGGUCUGCCUCGCACUAGCGUUAAUGAUAUUGAGGAGUUAAAGGCAGAACGUGUUGGACUAAGGUACAAAACUAGAAUGAAAGAAGGCAUAAGCACCUGGAUAAUGGAUUUUAUAGCCUUGAAGUUCGUAGGUCUCCAGAAUCUGAUACAGCGGAAUGAGGAAUUAUAUGGCUCAGGAAAUACUCCUGUAGGUGGUGUGGCUUUACCUUUUAUUCUGGUUCAGACACGGCCUCAUGCAACUGUUGAGGUGGAAAUAUCAGAGGACAUGCAACUGGUGCAUUUUGACUUCAAUAGUACUCCUUUUGAACUACAUGAUGACAAUUACGUACUCAAGGCGAUGAGGUUUUGUGAAAGGCCUCAGGGAGAUGAUGGUGGUACCAAUGAUUCUAAUCCAAAUGGAGUAGCAGAGGGUUCCGGAAUGCUUGGUAUGUAUCAGUCACACAUACCUCAUCCCUCGAGGUCAAAUGCUGCUGGGGGUAGGCCUCCAACUUCUCCUCCUAUCCCUGGAAUACUAAAAGCACGGGUCAAGCAUGAGCAUUAGUCAUGUGUUCUGAGGUUUUAUCACCUUCCUAUGGAAUUGUUUCUCUUCUCCUGUAUAGUAUGUAAAUUAGUUUGCCAAAAUUGGUGGACCUCCCAUAUGGUCUAUCCCCUUCAGUUGUGCUAACCGGUUGGAAGGAUUGAAGGAAACAAGCAAAUCGUGCCCAUUCUUCAAUUCUUUCAGAAGGUUUUCGCUAGGCAAUAGUCAGGUUUAGGAACCCAUAAUUCACUUCAUGAAAUUGUUCAUUAUAUGAUUUUUUUUUUAUUUUCUUUUUAUAUGUUACUCUGUUCAUUUCUUUCUUUCCUGAUUUAAUAGGAAUCCUGGGUGGAUGUUUUGUCA